AUGAAAUUGAGUAUACUAUUUUAUGUGGUGGCAUCUUGGUAUGCCUCGGAAAUUCAGGGAAAAUUACACGAUGUUUUUGUGCCAAAAAACAUUUCACUAUUUAAGAACAAUCACCGAAAUGAUUCCAAAUUGGAGCACAGCAAUAAAAACACCUUUGAUAAUUUUGAAAAAAAAUUGCUAAACGACUCAAAUUCAAUCAAUGUAAUGUUUGACCCAAGAAUGAAAAAAGUUGUUCCCUCCAAAAUGAGAAAGCAACAUAUUGUAGGAGGGUUUACUCAAAAUUCUGUAGAUCAAGCAGAUGUUGAAAAGGGGAAAUAUGAAACAGCACUAAGGUUUGUUGAAAAUAUGAAUAAACAAAUGGUAGUUUUAGCAAAAGAAAUGAAUUAUGCAUUGAAAAAUGAAAAGCAUACUACAUUGGAAGGAUAUAACCGAUUGACAUCUAUAAUGAAAGAAUCUCUUGCAACUAUGUAUUCUAUAGAUUCUAUAAAAAAUGCUAAUAUCGUAAACUUUUCAAAAUAUAACACUGAUUGGUAUGCUAAAGCCACUAUGAAAGAUAAAUAUGAUGCUGCUAAACAUAUACAAAACACCAUUGAUAAAUUAUUUAAACCUUCCAAUAAAAAAAAAAGCGUUAAGGAAAAAAAAAUAGAUGAAAAUAUUAAACAACUCGAAACAGAUUUAUUACUCCAACGUUUUGUUAUGGACAAUUCCAAUGUAUCAAUGUUGCUAAAAAAAUAUGAAGAUAGUGGGGAUGAUAAGUACAUGGCACCUUCGUAUACAGAUGUAUGCAACCAAUUAGGACAUCCAAUUUUAAGUUAUGUAUUUGAAAGUACAUAUAAACAUUCUGUAAAUAAUAAACUUGACUCAUUUAAAAAAUAUCUUCCAAAAUUAACAACAAAAUUAACUAAAAUGGUUGAAAAUGGACAUAUAAUAUUGGUAGAUCGAAGGUUUGAACAGUCGUUGGACGCAUUUAAGAAUAAAGUUUCUAAUCUUAUGAAUAAAAAAGUGGGGUUUAUAGAUAUGUGUUCAAAAAAAUGUUUUGAUGAUACUGUAGAAAUAAACUAUAAAUUAGAUAAAUAUGAUAUCAAACUUAGUCCUCAAGAUACUAAUCAAAGAAGAGGAGAUUUAACAAGAAUGGUGCUUUACUAUUACAAAGAGAUAAUAAAUCACAUCGAAGCAAAUGCAGAUAUCGUUUUAAUUAUGCUCCUUCAUUUAAGCUCAUCUGCAAAAACAAUUGAGUCAGGACGUUUAGAUAUAGAUAUAGCCCAAACAACAGAUAAACAUAAUUUGAUCCACUUAGCUAUUGAAAAUGAUAAAAAAUUAAAGCAUAGUUUGCUGAAAAUUGCACCCUUUAAAUUUUUCCGAGACCCACAAGAUAAAUCUUAUUCAGCAUCUAUAUUUGCUAUUGAUGAUAUUAUGAAAACAUGUUCUUUAUCUAAAAAAUUUAAAAAUUAUGAUUCUUUAUAUGAAAAAACAAAAGGGUUAUGGGAUGAGAUUCAGAAUUUGUAUUCUGCAUCUUAUGGAUUUGUUCCUUCUAAAAAGAUUAAAACACAAUCUUUUAUUACAUCUAAAAUUAGAAAUGUUGGAUUUCUUUUUAGAUGGCUUAAUAAUAAUGAAUAUACAUCAAGUGACGUGAACUUUUUAGGCAAAAAUUACUCCCCUUUUGUGUCUCUCAGUUUGCAAUUAACAUUCUUCAUAAAUACGAUGAUAGAGCAAUACGAGUCUAGCUUUUUAGGAAACUUUUCGGCAGCAAUAAAAAAAAUAUUUACAUUGGGAAAAAGUGGAGCAAAUCCUAAAAACUAUGAUGAUUUAAUUAACUUUUCAGAAACAGAUUAUUUAUUAAGAACAAAAAAAGCUGAUGCAGUUCAAAGAAUAAUAAACCAAACAAUUAAAAUUCUAAAAAAAAAGUUUUUUUCAGGAGAAUAUACUCCAACAUUAUUUGCUCAAUAUGUGUCAUUAUUUUUAUCUUUAUGGGUUUUUGAAGGAGAAAAAGAUAUUUCUAUGAACAAUCCAAACAUUUCAAGAUUUAAAAAAAUAUUUUUCCUUUCAUUUUUAGUACACAAUUCUGGAGUCGUUGAAAAGGCAACAGAAAUAAUAUGCAAAAGUUGUCAGAAAAAAACCAAAAAAAUAGUUUUAGGAUGUAUAGAUGAUUAUGGAGGAAAAACAAAAAGAAAAAUUUUAGGUAUUUUUAGCAAAAAAUGUAAACCAGCUAUUGUUCCUAUUGAAAAAAAAAGUGUUCGCAAAAUUUUGAAGGUUCUUAUGACAACAUUAUCUGACCCACUUGACAUUUUAAAAAUAGCUGUUGAUUUAUCUACAAGAUGUAAAUAUUAUGAUGAUUCUUCAAGCAAGAAAAAAAAACAUAAAGAAAAUUAUGAUCUUUUUGUAAAAUCAGAAUUAUCUCUUCGACACACAUGUGCUGUUGUUACAAAAAAAUUAGUACAAAAAUCAAUAAAACGAGUAUCCAGACUUAAAGAUUUUAGUGAGGCUCCAAGUAUUAUUGAGCAAACAUUAGAUAGUGUGCAAUAUUUAAAAAUGAGAAAUCAUAGAGACCCUAAUAGCAGUUUUACUGUCCUUUGUCCUUUUAUGCAAGGAACUGACAAACAUAUCAGAGAUUUAGAACGUAGUCAAAUUAUUUCCUAUGUUUUGAAAAAUGUGGGAAUUUAUAAUUUAUUUAAGGGAAAAUUACAUAACUUGUUCAGCAAAAGUAUUAACAUUAAAGAAGGAGUGAAAUCAGACAGUGUUGUUACUGUAAAAGUUGGAGGCCGUAAAUUUAAUGGAAAUUUAUUCGUUGGAGGAUACAACUUGAACGUUAAUGAUAUCGACCAAAAUACUUUACACAUCGGAUUAUCCAAAUCAAGAAAAGUAUAUAAUGGAACUAAGUUCGUGGAUGAAUUAGACAUAUUAAAAGAAGAAGGAAUAAAAGAUAUCAUAGUAAAGGGAAUAGACGAGGAUAACGAAAGGUUAUAUGUUCUUUCAACCGGAGAGCGAGUAUCUGAAUUUGAUUAUGCCAAAGAAAAUCCAAAUGCUAACAUCAUAAUUUUCGACGGAAACAACUAUAUUUCUUCUUAUGCUCUUCGUGAAAUUGGACUUGAAAAUGAAAGAAUUGUAUGGGCCGGAAAUACUGUAGGAUGGACUGCAGAAUUUGCUCUAGGAAAUAUUUCUGAUCGUCCAAUUCCAAUAUUUGAUGGGUCAGCAUGGAUACUUCUUGAUAAAUUGUCCAUCAAAAAUAUAUUAGGGAAUUUCUUGCCAAAAAAUGUAAAUGGAAAUUUAUUAGCAAAAGAUAUAAAUUUUAUUAUAUUGAAUAAAGAUGGAAAAGCAAUAUUAAAGAAUACUAUGCCCAUUGUAAAUUUGAAAAACGCAACCUUUACACUUAAUGGAAUAUUAAAUUUUGUUAUAAAAGCUGAAAAGGGAAAUGACAAUGAAAUUAUUGUUCAUACAAGAAUACCUUAA